AUGUUUGUUAUAAAGUUUUUUAAUAUAUUUUUCACUUUGUACUAUUUUAUAAAUUAUAAUGUGGUUGAAAGCUUAUCUAGACAAAAUUUUAGUCUCCAUAAUAAUAUCCCUCAAAGAAUAAGUAAAAAUUUUCUUAUUUCAAUAAAGAAUAAUAAUAUAUCAAGUAGAUAUUUUCGGAAGAAUAAUUAUUCUUUUAUUCAUUUUAAAGAAAAGAAGUUACCACAUCUUUUAUGUUUUCAUAGUGAAGACUGCGAAUACUGCAAUAGCAUGGAAAAGCUAUUAACAAAAUUAAAAGAAGAAGAAAAUAUUAAAUUUUUAAAAUUAGAAAUGUAUGAAAAUUCUUAUAAUUUUGAAUUAUUACAACAACUAGAUCAUAAUAAUUUAUGUGGUGGUUUACCAUAUUAUUAUAAUUUAAAAACUCAUUACAACAUCUGUGGUGCAACAACUUACAAAAACUUGAGAAAUUGGGCAUUAGAUAAAAAAUGCAAGUAA